CUUUUGCCUCUUGUGGGCAUGAACCUCGCCCACACCGCUGUGCUCCUGUGGGUGUGGGGGAGCCUCCAGGCCUUUGAAAUUGUGGAGCAGGAGAAUAUUUUCCAGCGGACCCCCUGCCCAGCCUUUCUGAUGUUUGACAACGCAGCCUACCUGGCAGACAUGAGCUUCGAGCUUCCCUGCCGCUGCAAGCCUGAGGAGGUGUCCACGGUGGUCUGGUACUAUCAGAAGCACCUGGGCAGCGACCACACCAGAGUGCUCACGGACUUUGACGGGCGGGUGCUGAUGGAGGAGUCCCAGGUGCAUGUGGGCAGCGACAUGCUGGUUCGCUUCAGCAUCCGCAUGUUCAGCCUGCUGGUUUUCCGGGCGCAGCCCGAGGACUCGGGCUUGUAUUUCUGCGGCACCCGCAAGGGGGACUACUUUUAUGCCUACGACGUGGACAUCCAAAGCGGGGAGGACAUGGUGGCCACCUUCAAGGACCAGGGCCAGGAGCCGUUCGCAGACGAGCACCGCGGGAACCUGCACAUCUUCACCACCUUCUGGGAGUGGACCCCGUGUGACCGCUGUGGGGUGCGAGGGGAGCAGUGGCGGAUUGGCCUGUGCUACCUGCAGAGCCCGGGGCUGUCCCCACGCUUCCGCAGGACCCUGCCUGACGUGGUGUCCUGUGGCUCGCAGGCCGUGCCCCAGAAGCUUCGGGCCCAGGCCAGGGAGCACACCCCCGAGCUCCUGGUGCAGAGCUGCGUGGUGCCCUGUGAGAAGAAGGAGGUUCGUGAGGGCUUGGUGGCCAUCCUCAGCUACGUGUCCAAGGUGGGCAGCCGGCCCUGGCUGCCUCAGGUGCCCAUCCAGUUCCACCAGCAGAGGCUGGGCCAAGGACUCAUUAUCUCCUGCCCCGGGGCCCGGCCAGAGCACGCCGUGGCCUGGGACAAGGACCGCCAGUACUUCUACCGCACGCAGUACCUGCGAGGUGUCAACCGGUCCAUGCGGGUGUUCAUCGACCACGGCAACCACCUCCACAUCCGCUUCACCCAGCUCAGUGACCGGGGCAUCUACUACUGCUGGCGGCAGGGCGUGAGGGUCGCCGGCUUGCGGCUGGGUGUCACAGCCCGAGGCCACUACCGGGCCUCAUUCUCGGACCCUGAGACUCGCUCCGCCGUGCAGCUCACCCUGAUAGGCUACCUGGUCAUCACGGCGGUCUUUGUCACCAUUCACCUCUGUCGCUGCUGCUGUUACUUAUCUCGCUGUUGGCCCAACUACUCCCCCUAGGUCCCCUCCUCUUCCCCGGCUUGGAAGACCAGUUGUGCUCAGAUGUGUUUGUUAAGUGAUCCCGGAUGCCUCUGGCUAGGCUGUGCGGCAAGGGUGUGUGUGUGUGUGUGUGUGUGUAUGUGUGUGUGUGUAAAUAUGUUAGUUACAACCUGCUCCUGGCAGGUGGAGAAGCCCGGGGCAGACGAGAGAUGGGGGACGGAGGCCAGUAUGGAAGGAGCCAGAGCGUGCCUCUUCCAACUUCAUGCUCAGAGAAGGAAGAAGUGAAGCUGAUAUUUAUCAAAUGGCCUUUUUGAUGUUGGAA